AACCCUAGAGAAUCUGUCUCGCAAAUAUAUCGAUCAUUUCAUUCGCCUUCUCUCUUGGUCUUUGGCGCCGACCCAAACCCAAUCUCGCUGAUAGAACAAAGCUUCUCCCACAACUCACCAACUCGAACUCAAACUCAAACUCAAACUCAAACCCACACCAAAGCUCAGUGUUCGAAGAUCGAAAACGGGAAGAAAGAGGCAGAUGUCGAUUUACCAACAGGCUAUCGGUUUGAUCCGUCGGAAGAUGAGAUUGUUGUGUACUAUCUUUUCAACAAGAUUUUGGACCGGGAACUUCCUAUCACCGACGUUAUAAAAGAGAUUUCUGUGUAUGAUCAUGAUCCGGAUGAGCUCCCCAAUGGCGAUUUCAAACAUGGUUGUGACUGCAAUGAGGCCUUUUACUUCACAUAUACAGAACAGAUUUACAGCAGUGAAGGGAAGAUAACUAGAAGGACGACAAAGAGUGGUUACUGGGACCUAGAUGGUGAGGAAGAAGAGGUUAAAUACGGCAAUGGCGACAUAACCGUCGGGUUCGAAAAAGUUAUGGUCUUCCACAAGGGAACUGCACCAAACGGAAUCGAAACUGACUUUAUCAUGCAUGAGUUCAGGCUUAAUCCUCUUAUAGUCCCUACUCAUGUCCUCAAUGAUAGCAUAAGGGCAAAGAUUGAGAGGUAUAUGGUGUGCAGAAUUAUACACGAAGGAAUUUCAAAUUAUCAGCCCACAUUCAAACUUCCACCAGGAUGGACUGCUAGGCCUGUUGAUGAAGGAGAACCAAAUUGAUAUGGCAGAAAUCUUUGUGCUUAGUAUAGGGACCCAGUUUUGCCUUGGUCUUUGACAUUGGAAGUUGCAGAUUGAAGAAAUAGCAAAUUGACUUCCUCCCCUUGAUGUUUUUCUCUUCCAGUGCUUUAUUUAAUUGGGAGAUCUCUUCCAGUUCUUUUGUUUGGCCGACUAUUCUUAUACUUGCCCCAUAAUUUUCUUUGUUGUUAAAAUGAAUAAAUUUUUAUUGGCUCUAAUUUCUUCGAACUUUCCCGAGAGGGAC